ACCUGUAUUACCACUUUUCUACAUCAUAAAAUCGACCGAAGCCGUUACCCAUACCCAACGGCUUAGUUUCCCAUACCUAACGGUCUUACAAGUUGGCAUGGUUAAGAUAAGCCAAUUUUAGCAAAAAAGGUCCGAUUUGCGAAUCUGCGCCUCGAAGUCGAUAAACCAAAAAGAGCCCAAAAGGGAAAGCAUGUAAGCACAAGAACUGCAAGAAAACCCUAACCAUUAUCUUUUACAAAAGCAUCACUUCAAGCAAGUCAAGAAAUUGAAUCUCUCUUAUCUCUAUCUAUACUUCCCUACUUUGAAGUGUGUAGAAACGGAGAAUCAUGGCGACAGAAAGUUCUAGAUCGUCAAGUUCGUCAGCCGAUUCGUAUAUCGGUAGUUUGAUUAGCUUGACUUCCAAGAGUGAAAUCAGAUAUGAAGGCAUUUUGUAUAACAUAAACACUGAAGAAUCCUCAAUCGGAUUGCGUAACGUAAGAUCAUUUGGAACUGAAGGGAGAAAAAAAGAUGGCCCCCAACUCAUGCCUAGUGACAAAGUUUAUGAAUACAUAUUGUUUCGUGGAAGUGACAUCAAGGAUCUUCAGGUGAAAUCAUCUCAACCUGUUCAGCCAACACAACCUAUAAUAAACAACGAUCCCGCCAUUAUUCAGUCUCACUACCCUCGACCACCUCCAUUAUCUUCUGCUCCUACCAACACUUUGCCUGAUCUUAGCAUCCAAAAUCCACCAACUUUGCAAAGUGGUCCCCCUUUAUAUCCACCUGGCCCAAAUUUAGGAUCGUGGGCCCCAAUGCCACCUCCUCCAAAUCCAAACACUACUGGGCUUCCAAUGCCAAUGUAUUGGCCCGGAUUCUAUACACCUCCAAAUGGGGUCCCACAGCUGCAUCAACAAUCUUUAAUACCACCACCACCACCACCACAUAUGCAGUAUCCCAGUUAUAAUGGAUCCUUGCCAGGUGGCGCCUUAAACAUGUCUGUGGGUCCCACAGCACCCAUGGAAUCAUUACCUACACCAUCACUUGUAACUCCAGGACAGCUGCUUCAGUCUGGAGUUACAACUGCUGUUGUUUCACUUUCAUCUCAAGUCACACAGACUGUUCAUAAGGAUGUGGAAGAAGUUGUCCAGGUGGCGCCUACAUCAUCAUCGGAAUUGGAAUUGGAAUUGGAAUCAUCUAUUCCGAUUCCGGUUCCGUUUCCAGCUCAGCCUCCGAUAUUGCCUUUACCACCUCAAGCACGUAUCACCCCAAAGGUGAAUGGAGGUUCUUACCAGAAUCGACAGAGUUAUAAUUACAGAGGGCGUGAGAGAGGCAGAGGAUAUGGGGGGUCACGAUCUGUGGUUAAAUUCACUGAGGAGUUUGAUUUUAAUGCAAUGAAUGAGAAAUUCAACAAGGAUGAAAUUUGGGGAACUUUAGGAAAAACGAAUGAUGGAAAUGUUAGUGCUCAUGAUGAUGAUGAUGAUGAUGAAUAUGAAGAUGAGAAUGAAAAUGGAGCUGAUGUACAUUUAUCAAAGGUGGAAGCCAAGAAUGGUGUUUAUAGCAAGGAUGAUUUUUUCGAUACGUUAUCUUGCAACUCACUUGACAACCAAUCGAAUAACGGAAGGACACGGUUCUCUGAGCAGAUGAAACUCGAUACAGAGACAUUUGGAGAAUUCUCUAGAUACCGAGGAGGAGGUAGAGGUGGGCGUGGGGGGUACCGGGGAGGAGGUUAUUCACGAGGUGGUGGUGGUUAUGGGCGGGGAGGUGGUGGUGGUUAUGGGCGGGGAGGUGGUGGUGGUUAUUAUGGUUAUGGGCGGAGAGGGGGUGGAGGAUACAACAGCUAUGGUGGAAGAAGUCAAAAUCAAAGUCGUGAUUACUAA